CUUUAUGUCGGACCACAUGUGUACACAGAUAUGUUUCUCUUAAUAUUAUUAAGUCUGGUCGGAUCUGCACUCAGCACACCGGUAACAACCAACGAUGUGACCGCAAACUACGAAUCGUACAGGCUGCCAAAUCAAUCGUUUCCAACAUUCUAUGAUGUCCGACUAUUUUUCGACCCGAGGAACGUCAUUAACUUCACAGGCGAUGUUUCAAUACGAAUAUUUCCUUAUGUACCAUCUACUGAAAUUGUAUUGCAUGCUAUGGCCAUGGAAAUAAAGAGUGUUCAAUUAUUUGCAUUAUCGAACGAGAAUAUAAACUUGUUGAAGAAUUACUCUUUAGCGUCUGACGAUACUCAUUUUCUGAGGAUCGAAUCGAAUCAGGAGCUGGUUCCUCUGCAGCCGUAUGUUUUGAAUAUUGAGUACGUGGGAACGUACGCAGAUAAUAUGUUUGGAGUUUACGUGUCCACUUAUCAGUAUUCAGGUCAGACUGUCAAUUUAAUUACAUCACAGCUUCAACCAACAUUUGCCCGACGUGCAUUCCCCUGCUACGAUGAACCUCUUUACAAGGCCGUGUUCAGGACUACCAUUUACGCUCCACCACAAUACCCUGUCGUUAGAACUAAUAUGCCUGAAAGGACUGAUCUCUUAAAGCCAAAUGUGGAUGGUUACGUGAAAUAUGAGUUCCAAGAUACACUAGUUAUGUCUACAUAUCUUUUGGCUUAUCUAGUAUCCAACUUUGAUUUCAUCUCCAACGAACAAAACGUGAUCUUUGAUAUACCCUUCCGAGUAUAUUCUAGACCAGGAACGCAGAACACCGCAGAAUUCGCCUUGGACUUUGGUCAGAAAAAUAUGAUUGCUCUGGAAAAUUACACCGAGUUCCGUUACGCUAUGCCGAAACUUGACAAGGCUGCUGUACCAGAUUUCGCAGCUGGUGCGAUGGAGAACUGGGGAUUGGUUAUAUACAGAGAGGUGGCGCUAUUAGUUCAAGACGGGGUAACCACGACCUCAACGAAGCAGAACAUAGGACGUAUAAUUUGUCAUGAAAACGUGCACAUGUGGUUUGGUAAUGAAGUCAGCCCUCGCAGCUGGACUUAUACUUGGUUGAAUGAGGGCUUCGCGAACUUCUUUGAAAAUUAUGGCACAGAUUUGGUGCUACCAGGUUGGCGUAUGAUGGACCAAUAUGUUUUGCUUCUCCAAAACGUAUUCCAAAGCGAUGCUGUGUUGAGCGUUAAUCCUAUGACUCAUCCCGUGUAUACUCCAUCUCAAGUUAUCGGCACAUUCAAUGCUGUCGCUUAUCAGAAAUCCGGCUCCGUCAUUCGUAUGAUGCAGCACUUCCUUACGCCUGAAGUAUUCAGAAAAGGUCUCGUUAUCUAUCUACAAAACAACACACGUCGUGCAGUCGGUCCAAGCGAACUCUAUGAUGGCCUACAGCAGGCGUUAGAUGAGUCUAACCACAGCAUAAAUUGGCCCAUUUCAACGAUUAUGGAGAGAUGGACCACACAAGGUGGAUUCCCAGUUCUCACUGUCCGAAGAUCGGCUGCAACUGCUGAAUCUCUAUUUGUAUCUCAGCAACGUUUCUUAACCGACCCAUCCUUGUCAUCAACGGACACUUGGCACGUACCCAUUAAUUGGGUACUUUCUACUAAUCCGGACUUCUCAGACACAAAGCCUCAACGUUGGAUCCCACCUACCGGUCCUGCCACGGCUAUUGACAUACAAGGCCUCAGUGAUGCUGAGUGGUUCAUUGUCAAUAAACAACAAACAGGUUAUUACAGAGUCAAUUAUGAUGUUCAGAACUGGCGGGCCUUAGCAAAUGUACUCAUCAGAUCUCACAAUACAAUUCAUUUGUUGAAUCGUGCUCAGAUUGUCGACGACGCCUUCAACCUCGCUAGAAAUGGAAGACUCGACUACCUACACGCAUUCGAAGUCUCCCGGUAUUUGAUUAACGAAACUGAUUACAUCGCUUGGGGAGCGGCUAACGCGGCCUUCAGUUAUCUCGACAUUGUGCUCAGCGGGUCUGAUGCCUAUCAACUAUUCCAGGAAUACGUUCUUCACCUCACCCAACCUUUAUACGCUCGUCUUGGAUUCGACGCUGCGUCUGGUGAAGAACACGUAACUCCUUUCCAUAGAAACAUUAUCCUCAACUUAAACUGCCGCUAUGGUAAUCAGCACUGCGUCAACAGAUCGCAAGAAUUGUUGCAGCAGAUCAGAAAUAAUCCCGGCCAAACCUUAAACCCGGAUAUACAGACAACGGUCUUCUGCUCCGGUUUGCGUGGAGGAAGCGCAGAAAACUUCGAUUUCUUAUGGGCGAGGUAUCGCGCCAGCCAGGAUUCUAGCGAGCAGUCUAUUCUCUUGAAUGCUCUUGGAUGCACUUCGAACGCAACUCUUCGUGACUUUUAUUUAAACCAAGUUAUAGAUGACAACUCUUUCGUGAGGGAGCAAGACAGACAUACAAUUCUCGUAUCUGUUAUUAACUCAAGUCCCGCUAGCAUGGAAGUGGCUUUAGAUUUCGUCAUGGAACACUUUGCUGCGAUCCAACCGAGAGUACAAGGUCUAACUGGUACAACAAACAUCCUCAACGCGUUUGCAAGAAGAUUGACGACCAGAGCACACUCGACAAAAAUCGACACUUUCGCCUCUCGAUACAACAACAUCUUCUCCGCCGCUGAAAGAGCAUCAGUAGCCGCUAUCAGAGAGAACAUUGCAGCAUCGAUCACGUGGACUAACAACAAUUACAACAUGGUCAACAAUUGGCUCAACGUCAACUAUGGAAGUAAUGCGAAUAUCUUAACGUCCAGUUUCCUUAUCAUUAUUUCUAUCUUUGUCACUCUCUACAAUUAUUGAGAACUGUUAUUUAGUUUGUGUGAUAUUAAGUUAUAUUUAUAAUGCAUCCGUAU